UGCAUCAAAUUUAUCGAACCGUUUUAUGCUUUAGUGGCUGGUUGACAGAGGAACUUUCUUCUUGAUAGGUUCCUUACCCCUUAACGAACUUACGCCUGGCCACUGACCGAAUGACAUGUGGGCCUGACUCGUCUAACCGAACGGUCCAAUCCCGAACUAUUAAUCUCCGUUCGCUUGGAUUCCUGGGACCCAUGGAUGGUGGCUUUAAGGCUUAGCCACGCGAGAUUGUAAGUUAGUGAUGAGAUUUACAUUGCUUUCUGCUGCGUGUUCGCAAAGGGAUAGAUCUACAGGGUAAAAGUGCUAACUUCGCUGCAAUAAGAAAGAUCUGACUGUCCUUUAUCCUGCUGUCUACAUCGCAUACCUCCUUUACUACACGUUUCAGCCUAGAGCUGCCAUUUCGACAUGUUCUCAGAGAUCGCCGUUGCCUCCGGACUAGCUGUCCUCUACCUCUGCCACGUCAACCGUGGUAUGACCGGUACACCGGAGGAAGUAAGCCGGCUGUCUCCUCAUCGUUGGACUGUCGAUGAAAUCAAAGCAGCAUACGAGGAUUCUAUCAAAAAUCCAGUCGAUGUGCAAAAGAGUCUUUCCCCGAAGCAGAACCGGCGCUACAUUGUGGUCGGUGGGGCAGGCUUCGUGGGAAGUUGGAUGGUCAACCAUCUGCUCGCUCGCGGCGAAGACCCGUCGGCUAUCCGUAUCUUGGACCUUGCAGAACCUCGUCGCGAGAUCCUCGACCAGGGUGUCGCUUUCUUCAAGACGAAUAUUGCCGACGAGAAGGCCGUGUCCACUGCUUUCGCACAACGUUGGCCGGAAGCUGUCGCUGAUCGGCCCCUGACCGUCUUCCACAAUGCCGCCGUGAUCAGGCCUGGAGAGCGUCUCAAGACUUUCCUUCCCCGUUGCACCGACGUCAACGUGGGCGGCACAGUAAACGUCCUGGCUGCGGCGAAGAAAGCCGGCGCAAGCUGCCUCAUCUCGACAUCCUCAGGAUCUGUCAGUCUCCGUAGUCAAUCCUUCUGGAUCGCACCCUGGAACAAGUCCCCCAAGGGUCAUAUCCAGGUAGUCGAUGACUCGACCCCAGUCCCGGAAGAACACUACGACUUCUUCAGCAACUAUGCCGUCUCCAAAUCCAAGGCUGAGAAGAUCGUCCGCGCUGCCGACGAUCUCGAAGGAAACUUCCGCACAGGCUGCAUCCGGCCGGCGAAUGGCAUCUACGGGAUCGGCGACACGGAAGGCUCUCUCACCACAUCAUAUCUCAGAUCUGGCGGUUCCCCUGCCUGGCUCAUCGACACCAUGCAAAACUUCGUCAACGCCGAAAACGUCUCCAUCGCCCACCUACUCUACGAACAGCGCCUUAUCGAGCACACCAACAGUCCUACCACACUCCCCAAUAUCGGUGGCCAAUCCUUCCUAGUCACAGAUCCCAACCCUGCCCCCACCUACGGCGACGUCUAUCGUCUCUUGCACACCCUCUCCAAAACACCCGCCAACUUCCCUCGCGUCCCACCCGUCCCUUUCCUCAUCCUGUCCUACCUCAUCGAAUGGUACUCCUUCCUGCAGGUCGUUUACUUCCCCUGGCUCCCUAGAAUCACCGGAGAAAUCGCCAAGAUGCAGCCUGCUCUUUUCUCCAUCACAAAUGUGCAUUACAUUGCGGAUGAUUCGCGCGCGCGCAAGUCGCCAGAACAGGGCGGGCUGGGGUAUGCGCCUCCGAUCACGACGAUGUAUGGUAUGUGCAAGCACCUGGAGGUGUGGAACCGUGAGGCGGACCAGAAGAAGGUUGCGGAGGUUACAGAGGUUGCGGCAAAGGGGGUGAUCAAUGUGAGUGAGGAGGGAGUGGAUGUGAAUUUGGUGGUUCCUCCGGAGAAGUUGUAG